GACCAGCUAUAUGUUGGUAUCUAAAAACGAUAGAAGCUGAAAGCCAAUGUUAUAAUUGUAGGGAAGUCAUAAAGGAUAUUCAAACAUAUCAAUAUUACAGGAAUAGUAUGAGAAUACAAUCAACUUAUAGGGUUUAG